CUGCAGGUGGCGGGUGUGUCCCAAGAUCAGCGACCACCUAUUUAGUACCAAGAAGAAGAGAAUCCAUGGUGUUUUCCUGGGUGGACGGCCUGCUCUGGAUCUAACCUGUCAAAACUGCAUUGGAACAACAGCAACGUGGGAUAAAGUCAGUGAAAUCUUGUUUUAGUCAGCAGAUGCAGUUUUGAUAACUGUAACUAAGACUUGAACGGACCAAGACAGAAAUCCACUUUUCCCCUCCCCGACCUCCUGUUCCUGACCCUCUCUGAAGCGCACCUCUCACAAUGAAUGAAGUUAAUAUAGUCAGAGAGGGCUGGCUUCACAAAAGAGGUGAAUAUAUUAAAACAUGGAGGCCCAGGUAUUUCAUCCUGAAGAGUGACGGUUCAUUCAUCGGCUACAAGGAGAAGCCUGAUCUAAACGACCAGACUUCACCACCACUCAACAACUUCUCUGUGGCAGAGUGCCAGUUAAUGAAAACUGAAAGACCCCGGCCCAACACAUUUGUAAUUCGUUGCCUACAGUGGACCACUGUCAUUGAACGCACCUUUCAUGUGGACAGUAAUGAGGAGAGAGAGGAGUGGAUGCGUUCAAUCCAGUCAGUGGCAAAUAGUCUGAAGAUGCAAGAACAGGAAGAGGAGGAACCAAUGGAUAUGUUUGGGUCACCCAGCGAAAGCAGCCUGGAGGAGAUGGAGGUGUUAAUGUCCAAGAACCGCUCCAAAGUGACAAUGAGUGACUUUGAGUACCUGAAGCUUCUUGGAAAGGGGACGUUUGGGAAGGUGAUUCUGGUCAAAGAGAAGUCUACCGGAGUACAUUAUGCCAUGAAAAUACUGCGCAAAGAGGUCAUCAUAGCCAAGGAUGAAGUGGCCCAUACAGUUACAGAGAGCAGAGUGUUACAACACACACGACACCCCUUCCUCACGACACUGAAGUAUGCCUUCCAAACCCAUGAUCGACUUUGUUUUGUAAUGGAAUACGCCAAUGGAGGCGAGCUCUUCUUCCACCUGUCACGUGAGCGAGUGUUCACAGAAGACAGGGCACGGUUCUACGGUGCUGAGAUCGUGUCGGCCCUCGAGUACCUUCAUUCACGUGACGUUGUUUACCGUGAUCUGAAGCUGGAAAAUCUGAUGUUGGAUAAAGACGGCCACAUCAAAAUCACUGAUUUUGGUCUUUGUAAGGAGGGCAUUACCCCUGACGCUACCAUGAAAACCUUCUGUGGUACUCCUGAAUAUCUGGCACCUGAGGUCCUAGAAGAUAAUGACUACGGCCGGGCGGUGGACUGGUGGGGUCUGGGUGUAGUCAUGUAUGAGAUGAUGUGCGGCCGUCUGCCUUUCUACAACCAGGACCAUGAGCGUUUGUUUGAGCUCAUCCUCAUGGAGGAGAUCCGCUUCCCCAGGAACCUGUCGCCCGAGGCCAAGUCCAUGCUGGCUGGCCUACUCAAGAAGGACCCCAAACAGAGGUUGGGUGGAGGUCCUAAUGAUGCCAAAGAAGUAAUGAGUCACAAAUAUUUCAUCACCAUCAACUGGCAGGAUGUGGUACAGAGAAAGCUCACCCCACUCUUCAGACCGCAAGUGACCUCAGAGACAGACACCCGUUACUUUGAUGACGAGUUCACAGCGCAAACCAUUACGCUCACUCCUCCAGACAAGUAUAACAGUCUGGACUGCGACGACCCUGGCCAGCAAGCACAUUUCCCCCAGUUCUCCUAUUCUGCGAGCAUAAGAGAGUGAUAGCAUCUCUGCCACACACACAAAAACACAUGAGGCAUGAACACGAUGGCCACAUUCUUACAGCUAUAAACUGACUAGAACCUCCAUCAAUGAUGUUUUAGUCUGCCAGAAUCUAAGUGCCUCGGCUGGUAUUGUUCUAUAGAAAACCCCUUUGUCCACACUACGGACAAAACCUGGCCACACUGGCUGUACUUUUCUCAAACUGGACUUAAGUACCUCACAUAUUCAUCAGCACAACUCAACAACACAAUGUCUGUAGCACCUUUGGAUGUCUUAUAAACAACUACUGCUGCUUUUUCAGAAUGUAAACCUGUUAUUUUUUAACACUCUCCUUGUUAUGGUCUUUAUGGAAGCCAUACAGUUUCUUUAUGAUGUUUCCAAGUGUUCUUCAAAACUAGCUUUUUCCACUGAUGAUAGACAUGUUUGUAUAUGAGGGAGGAAGCAGUGGCAGUUAGUUUUUUUGGUAGGUGUGUGUAUUGUUUGUUUUUUUCCUGAAAAAGAGCAUCAAAUCCAAACUGAAUGUCCUCAGUUUAGUCAAAGUGAGUCUGAGCGCUUGAGGCUUGUCCGAUAUGCAUCAGAUCAACAGAUUCAUUGAUAUGAUCAAAGUGUCUCCGUAGAGAAAAGCUUUGAGGGAAAAAUGAGGUGUUGGAGAAAGAGGCUUUCCUUUGUAAACUAUAUGCAAUGCAAUGAAAACAAAUGACUUAUUAGUUGGCUCUUAUCUCAGAAUAUGACCUGUUAACAGAUUAUAUGUGAAAACCUUAAUGAUCAAGGUGUAUGUUAUUUUUGGAAAAACAUGUUUUUGUUUUUAUUAUUCUUACACUUUAAAAAAACAAAUUUGAUCAUCCAAAUACACACCCUACGUGUGAUUUAAGAGACUUAAUGAGCACUUAUUGAUUUAAAGCAGACCCAAUUUUUCUCAGAUGGACCAUUUUCAUAAUGCAGUUGAAAGCUUAUUAUUUGUUUAACAUUUCAUGGAAAUGUAUCAAAUUGAGAUACCAAAAAUUGGUGUCAGACGUCCCGUCAGAUUCAUAAUCCUGUUGAGCUCUGUGAUCAUAAAGGUUCUGAUUCACAUCAACCAUUCGCCAGAUUUGGACUAUUUAAUGUUGACAAUGUUCUUGCAAGGCUGCAUGCAGACAACAUUUGACAUUGGAGAACUUUGGCUAUUGUUUUGGUUAAAUGUGCAUUGUAUCUGUACUAAAACCAGCACCAAACGGAAGUCAUAGCACUCAGAUUACAUAGUUCAGAUUUGGAGUGUUAUCCUUUCUUAGCAAGUUACUUCUGUAAUAUUUCUUAAUUACUCUACACCUAUGCUAUAAUGUAUCUUUGUAGCCUUUCUAUGAAAGUGUUUCCUUUUAGAUAAUAACUCACCAUGUUAUACUUUAAUAUUCUUGAAACUUUACAAGUUUGAAGUUGUGGCUGACAUUUUUUAAGUUUUAAUGUCCUCCUGGCAAUUGUGUCCGUCAUAUUUUCUAAAUCUUAUUGUGCUUAAAAUGUUCCCGUGCAUCCUCACAGCUGCUGCUUCUCAGACUUGACUAUGCCAUUAGAUUUUAAUGGACAUGUCUUAGCUGGAGAGCUAAGACAUGAUCCAGGGAGCUGAGUAUAUCAUGAGCAUGGUCCAUGAUGAGAUGUUGUGUUUGAGUGCAAUGGUGACUUGAAAGGAUGUCUUUUUAUUAUUUUCAAUUCCUCCGAUUGAUAAUAUCUGCACAACAUUAAAUUAUAAAAAGUAGAGGUGCACUGUCAAGAUUUGCAAUACUGGGUGUUAUACUGUACAUGACAAUGCACCCAACAUUGUAUUGGUGCAACACUGUUGAGUCACUAGUUUUAAAUAAAGAGAUGAUGCAGACAACCUGCUCAACUUCCCUUUACUCACAGAGCCUUUAUCACCUGUGCUGUUCUGAAACAACUUCACUUAGUUUUGUUUUUGUCUUGUUUUUCUCCUCAACUUGUUGUUUUUCCCUCUUCCUUCCAACCUCCUUCACAGAUUUACAAAAUCUCAAAUUUAGGAAAUUCAUAAUGGUUAAAAGAAAUAUGCAUUUUCAGUUAAAUAUUGUAUUCAAACAAUUCAUUUAUAUUUGUCUGAAUGUAAUUUUAAAAGACAGUUAUCCAAUACACGUUUUUAACUGUCUUAAUACAUCCUCAUGGUUGUGUUUUCAUUCUUUUCAUCCCUUCACUGGAAGGUGCUGAGGUUUUUCCACUUGCUUUUUGUUGUAAUACAGGUAACAAGCACUUGUGAGUAUAAAGCAUUCCUCGCCCUCAGUUGGUCAGGUUAUCAGUUAUCACCAUUAAAGCAGAGCUGAUAGGAUGAGUGUUUCCUGCCAAACAUUUAGUCUUGCUGAUACUUUUUCUUUCUUUCUGUUACUGUAACAAAUCUCAGUCUGUGACGACAUCACAUCAUUGGUUGGAGGUUGAAUAUGACACUACCAAUCCAUGAUCCGAGGUGACCAGUGUUGCUUCAAUGUUUGUCUUGCUUUUUAAACACUUAACAAAAUUGUUUCAAAUGUUGAAAUAUUCAAGACCUUAGAUCAGGGGUGUCAAACAUGCCAAACGAUGACUGAAAAAUUAGUUGUUUUGAUCAUAAAGUAAAAUACUGUUCCAGAUACCUAUGACAAAAUGUUUUGUGUUUUUGUAGAUACACUGAUCUGUAAGUUGUAAUGCACAUGUGUAAAUGAUGAAAUGAGGCAUAAUGUUGUUGAAAUUGUAAAUAUUUUUCUCAAGAAAUUUCAGGUUGUUCAUAAUGUUUUGUAAAUAAUUCAUUAAAUUUGAAUUUUGAGAAUGUACUUUGCACUAAAAUGAAGAGAAAAAUAUGGAGUUGUCGUUAUUUAUAGGUUAUUAUGCUAUGAUUUUACUGGUCCGGCCCACUUGAGAUCAAAUUGUGCUGUAUGUGGCCCCUGAUCUAAAAUGAGUUUGACACCCCUGCCUUAGAGAUAACUAUGACUGACAUCACUGUCUUGUGAGAGACAUGGUACCGAGGGGACAUUUCACUGGUUGUCCUCGCAGUUACAUUGCAAUUAUUAUUCCAUCAAUUAAACUCCAAACAAUCA